GAGAGAGAGAGAGAGAGAGCAAGAAAGAGAGGAAGAGAAGGAGCAGGCAGGACGUGGGAACAUUCAAUACAGGCUUAAACCAUUGCAAGGGACUAUGGUGCAGGCGAGAUCUCUCCCUAAACCUCCAAGAGCAGAGCCAUGAGAGACUGUCGCCAUGGAAGUCCUCCUUCAAUGAAUAUAUUCACAAGGACUCUCGAGAAAAGAUGAACAACAGGACAUUUGUGAAAACUGCAAGUACUGGACAAAACCUCUGCUAAAAAUCGCCUGAUGCAAAAUACACAAGAAGCUUGACAAAAUAUCUAGCGCUGCCAUGGACUACAUGCAGAGCAAAGGAUUAUGGGAGCUGUAGUUUUUUGCACAAAGACGUUUUCUUUAUGCCGACCCAAUGACUAACAGCGACGCUUGUGGUGUUAGCUCCAGCUUACUCAAAGGCAGGCGUUUCUACUGUCGAGAAUGGGCAUUGGAGAAGUUGCAAUGCUGCCUGGACGCUCGGAUAAUUACUGGACAUUCCCCUGGUGUACUUAUAACAGGAAGUCCGGGAGCAGGAAAAACUGCUCUAUGCACAGAAACAAUAUGGCCGACUUCGAAGGCAGGGCUAGCGUCGGGGUUGGCGAGAAGGUGUCUAGCGUAUCACUUUUGCCACAGAGACGAGCAGAGCAGUACGAUGGUGUGGAGGUUUGUGCUGGCUUUGGUGGAGCAGCUUAGGAACUCGGAGCUACUCGAGACUGGAUACAAGGAAAAGCUGAACACUCCAGCUGUGUCGGCCAUCUUGGAUCCACUGGCCUGUCAGAAAGACCCAGAGGAAGCAUUUAAAAGAGCAGUCCUGGGCCCACUCCUAGAGCUGCCCGCCCCAGCACAGCCCCUGCUUCUGCUGGUGGACGGUCUGGACCAUGGAGUGCCCCCUGGAGGGCAUGGAGCUCAUAGCACCUCCAUCGCAGAACUCCUUGCCUCUCACGUGCAUCUGCUCCCAGGCUGGCUGCUGCUCGUCUGCUCUAUACGGCGACAAAACAAGGCCCUUUGCAAAAUGUUCUCAGGUUUCCGUCGCAUAUGCCUGGAUGACCUGCGAAAGCCCUCUCCAGUCCAUGACGUGCAGCAGUACAUUCUUUGUCGUUUGGACCAGGACUCCACAUUACGUCGUCAGCUCAGCCCGGACACAGCGGACAUGUUGAAUCUCCUCCAUAUCAAGAGCGGGGGCUGCUUCUUGUUCCUCCAGCGUGUUUUGGACGGGGUCGCUGCAUCUCUUAUCAGUCUACGUGAAAUCCGAGACAUUCCUGGGACUCUGAAUGGACUAUAUCUAUGGCUAUGUCAAAGGUUAUUCCCACGUGGACAUUUUAUCUACAUUAAACCUAUAUUAAACAUUCUUUUAGCUGCUACGAAACCGCUAACCCCUCAGGAAAUAUUCACAGCGGUAUGGACACAAGAUCCUUCACUUUCUUUUCAAGAUUUUGAAAACAAACUUCGAACUUUAUUUUCUCUUCUAAUUGACGGUCCAAAUGGCACAAAACUGCUCUUUCAUGCCAGCUUUGCCGAAUGGCUGUUGGAUGUGAAAUAUUGCACUCAAAAAUACUUGUGUAGUCGCAAUGAGGGACAUACAAUGCUAGCUAUGGCUUUAUCUUUGCAAGGAGCUCAUUUGGAUUGCCAAAAUAUUUGUGAAUUGGCUACACAUUUAGUUAACUCAGGUCAACAUAAAGAUAACCCAUCAUUGUUAGCACUUUGGAUGCUAUAUGCGGACGUACCAAGACUUAAUGCAUCUGCUAGUCUUUAUGCUUCAAAUUUUGUAAGUGAAGAUGUAAAGCAUUUGCUAAACAUAAGUGGACUUUUGCAAUCAGAUCAUUUAGGCAUGGAAAAUUUGCAAGAAGAAAUCCACAAUAUUAAAAUAACUUUCGAACGGGAAUUGUCAGUAAAGAAACUGCUCGAAAGCGGUGUGGCAGUUAACCAGCGUAACUCUACCGACGAAAGAACGUUGCUUGCUAAUGCUGCUAUCGAAGGCUCUGAAAACAUUGUUGAUUUUUUGCUAAAACAGGGCGCAGAUCCUCUUUUAACAGACCAACAAGGCCAGACUCCACUAACUCUAGCUUCCAGACAGGGACAUGUCAAAGUUUUGAAAGUUUUGCUAGACUGGGCUGAGAAACAAGAGAAUGAAGUUGCGACUAGAAUGAUGGAGCAAGUGGACGUUGAAGGCUGGACUGCACUGAGAUCUGCGGCAUGGGGCGGCCAUAUUGAAGUGGUAAAGCUGCUGUUAGACGCAGGGGCAGAUGUUGACGGUUGCGAUGCUGAAGGUAAAACCGCACUGCGAGCUGCCGCAUGGGGAGGGCAUGAAGAGAUUGUCAGGAUACUACUCAAAUAUGGUGCUAAUUUUGAUAAGGCUGAUUGCAAUGGGAGGACGCCACUUAUUGCGACUGCUUACAUGGGACAUCAAGAGACUGUUGAAAUACUUUUAGAUCAUGGUGCAGAGGUGAAUUUCGCAGAUGGAGAUGGUAGGACCGCGCUUUCUGUUGCUGCCUUGUGCGUACCAACCGUAGCGGGGGUAAAGGGCUAUGGAGAGGUUGUGAGUUUGCUGCUAGAAAGAGGAGCUAAUCCAGGGCACAGAGAUAAAGAUGGAAUGACACCAUUGUUGCUAGCAGCAUAUGAAGGAAAUGAAGACGUAGUAGAGCUUUUGCUGGAAGCUGGAGCAGACGUGGAUGAAACUGCAAGGCAAGAUGGCGAAUUACAAUCUGCCGCAGCUGUUACGCCUCUCCUUGCUGCUGCGGCAAUGGGGCAUAUGAGCACUGUGUCAAAAUUGCUUUUUUGGGGUGCGGAUGUAGACGCUAUUGACAGUGAAGGGAGGACUGCUUUGUGUCUAGCAGCAGCGCAGGGUAGUGUGGAGGUAGUGCGUGCGUUAUUGGACCGAGGACUAGAUGAGAACCAUAAGGAUGACUUAGGUUGGACUCCGCUACACGCUGCAGCUUGCGAAGGGCAUAAAAUCAUUUGUGGAGUUUUGAUGGAACAAGGGAGCAUGGUACGUGUGGGCGAAAUGGACAUUGAAGGACGAACUGCUUUGAUUUUAGCUGCACAAGAGGGUCACGUUUCAACUGUACGCCUACUUUUAGAUAGACGCUGCCCCAUUGACCACAGGGCAUAUGAUGGGCAUUCUGCUUUGAGCGCUGCCCUGCUGGAGGAACAGACAGAAGUGGCAGAGUUGCUUAUGCGCCGUGGGGCAGAUACAGAUGUUCGAGAUGCAGAAGGACGCCCCCUGCUGUAUUUACUGGUGCUAGAGGGGCGAUUAGAAAUGUCAACGUUAUUGUUGGAGAAAGGGGGAGUGCCACUGGAGUCUAAAGAUGCAGAGGGCAGGACUGCGUUGCAUGUUGCAUGUUGGCAGGGCUCUGUGGAGAUGGUGAAUUUGUUACUGAAAUAUUCUGCAAACCCAAAUGCCCAGGAUUCUGAAGGAAGACCUCCUCUUCACUCCAUAGCCUGGACCGGGCACACUCAAGUGGGUCGAAAACUUUUAGAGACCCCUGGUAUAGACAUAGAUCUAUGUUGUAACCAAGGAGCUACCGCACUAAGCAUAGCAGCGCAAGAGGGAAAUGUCAACAUUGUGGCUAUGCUUUUGGACAAAGGAGCUAACCCAGAGCAUGUGGAUAAAUACAAUCGCACUCCAGUGAAAGUAGCAGCUAAACAUGGGCAUGCUAACAUCAUCAGAUUAUUGGAAAGCUAUGGUGCUAAACCUUACAUCGGACCACGAUCUAGAACUGUCUCCCCUAUCAAGCCCUCAACUUCCUCGGGUAUCCCGCAAUACAAUGAGGCACAGAAUCGUUUGGAGUUAGCUAGUGCGAGUGGUGCUACUUCCUCGUCCUCUUUCUCCUCUCCCGCAUCAACAGCUGAACGUUUUCAUUCCAUGCAAAGUUCACAAACCUCCUCUACUUGUCAUUCCCUUGCUACAGUUCAAACUGUCCCAGCUGAUAGCAUAAGCUUUAUCCAACAAAUUCAACAGCAUUCUCUACCAAGAGCACGUAGUCGGCCUUCAACUUUGCCCCAUGGCUCAACACUUGGUAGUCUACACGAAAGCACCAAAAGGAGACUGAAAGAUAGUCCUUCUGCUACUUUAUGCACUGUUAAUGCUAUUGUCCACCAAUCAGACCAACCCCCAAAAAACAUGGAUUAUCAAAAGAUGCACCAAGAAAAUAUAAGGACGGCUUACACUGGUGGCAAAUGGCAUUCUGUUAUGACUUCUUUAGGUAUAAUGCCAGGGCAGGACAGUCCUAUUGCAAACAUAGACAACCCUCCUCCAGUAGGAUACCCAUAUAGAAAUGCAUGGGAUAGCAUGACAGAAAAAGACAUUAAAACCCCAUUGCAUUAUAGUUUCAGUCCUAAUAGUGCCUUCACAGAGGAGCUGACGAUUUCAACUAAAGAUCCACAGCUGAACCUAAAACAGGCUAUAAAACUGCAGUUUGAAGGUCCCACCAGCGCGGUUCUGUACAAGAGGGAGACCCCGCUAUGACCAUAGCACAGGUGAGCUAAAGGAAAGGCGGGGAUAAUAUAAGAAAUAGAGAAAGGUUUUUAAUAUGUGAUAAUACUGACCCAUUCAGUCUCUGUAAUGAAAAUGUUUAAUGGCUAGGAAUUUUAGGAAGAACACAUACUAUGCAGUCUUGCGGCUUUACUUCUCUUUAAAAACAUGCUUUUGGUCAUGUUGUGAUAAGUGUUUCUCAUUUUAUUUAAAAUAAUGUCUGCCUUUGGAAAACUUCCUCUGUUUCCAAUGAGGAAUUUAGGUGUGGAGCGCCCUCUGCUGUCAACAAUGGAAAUUAACAUUUAGAGAGUAAACAACUGAAGUCCUUUUCCUUCAUGAAUGCUGUGCUAAUUUUGGUAUGUGUUCAUUGUGAGCACAGUUUGACCACAGAACGAGUCUGGAAACAGUGUAUGGCAACUAAAUAACCAAUAUGUGAAUCAAGCAUUUCUGAGGCUCAAACAGGAUGCGACUUUGGAUUAAUGAAACAAGUGUGAAUGAGAGUGAAGCAAAAAUACAACUCUAGGAAAGUUUUAGAUGAGGCAAUAUAACAUGGUUAAACCUAAAGUACCCAAUUGUUUUCUCAUAAAUUUGUAAAUUGUUUUCCACCCAAGAAAGUGUAUUGUAAAAGUAAAACUUGGUCACAUAAAUCAGAGUGCUACUCACAGUUCUUCAAACAAAAAAACAUUUGAUCUAAAUUGUAUCGAAGAGCCAUUUGCAGUCACUACAUGACGCUUUUGCACGAGCGCUGAUUGGCUGUGUGAGGGUGGUCAACCCUGCUUCGCUUUUGUGUCUAAAAAAGCUGUUCCAAAAGCUGUAUAAGUGGUUGAAAAAUCAUGCACGUGAAUACUAGUGAUGUGCCAAGAGGUGAGAGAUAUGAACUCGUUAGAUGGAUUUAAAUACCUACAUCCUCUUUUCAAGAAAAUCGGGUACCCCAGCCCUGUUAAAGGAACCAAAUGUCAAUAUAGCUUUUACUGAUCACAAUUCUAGUGCUGAAUUAUUCUUUAUUAUAAAAAAAACACAUUAGACAUGAUGGCCAAAUUGUUAUAACUGUUACAAUUUGGUGUUGUGUUUCUCAAGAUGAUUAUACAAUCUGAAAGCAGAAUGAGCCCCGCAUUUGGGUUGUAACUUUCACUGCUGAAAUCCAGUUGGUUUAAAACUAAAAGGCGUCUCUCUGAUCUGAAUGGUCACUUCCUAAACCCCAGCAUCUGCAGACAAUCACUGAUCAGUGAGUGAAUUUUGGAGAUUCUGAGCUUUCACGAGGCAUGUCUGUACAGUGAGAGUAAGGAGGGAAAUCUUUUCUAUGUGCAAAUUAAGGCAUACAAACACAAAACAUUAACAUAUCAUUUUCUUUGUGUAUUUGAGAAUACUUAAUAAUAGUUAAUCGAAUUAUUAAUCAAAUUAUUCUCAAGAGUAAAUAUUGAGAAGCAGACUCAACUAAUGAGAUCCAAACACUUUUGAAAACUAUGACAAGCGACUGCAAAUUACAAAAACUGACCUUCCAAACAUCUCAAAUCUACUAAUAUUUCUCCUUAUUUCCUCAGGUGAAGUAAAGGCAGUUUCUACAAAAGAACACUGACAUCAAGAAAACCACCAAACUACAUUAUUUCAGAGCAGUAAAUGUUAAGGAUAAUUUAAUUUAUGAUGUGCUCGGCUCACAUAUAUCCAUUAUAAGACAUUUUCAUUAGUUCAAUCAAGAUGCUCAGCAUGAUCUCAAAUAAAACUAGCUUUUAACUAAUUCCCUCAAUAAUUUUGCAAAGGACUAAAGAAAUAGUGGCCUUCUUGUUCAGUCAUGUCUAAAAUCUACAUUUAGUUCUUGUGAAAACACAAAGAACUGGUAUGUUACCUGCUACCCAAACUUCGACUAAGUAUAUUUGUACUAUUGUGUAAAAAGACACAUUUUCUUGAGCCAAACUUCUUUUCUCAAUGUGAUCCAGCAGAAUACAAAUGUAGGUGUAAGAGAGAGUGUUAAAGGUGCACUGCGUAACUUUUCUUAUGUAGGGUACGCUGUUGUUUGUCUCCGUUGAGAUAUUGCUUUGUCUGGAUUUUUUCACAGUUUGGAAAUUAACUUCCAUGAAGUGGAUGGGUCCCCCAGGCCAAGUUAAACGUCAGAUCUGUGGAGAUAGCAAAUUGUGGUUGGGAUUCAGAUUCUUCAAUACUUAAUGAAGAUGUGAGUCUGGAGCAGUGAAACUCCCGAGUUCAGAUGAGCGUGAUUGACAGGUGGAUUAGCCAGUCAGGGACAUGCAUGGUCCAUUUGUAUCAAAACAAAUAUGACUGUUUACAAGGAAAAAAAUAUAUCAAUGAGUGAAGCACUAAACAAAUAUUCUGAGGUGAGAGAAAUUUGUAUUUAAUUUUGUUUGUAAAUGACAGCUGACCAAUGAUCUCUUUCAUUUCACAUGUGUCAGUGAAAUAAAUCUGUUUACAUGAUCAUGUUUGAUCAGGCUUCAGACACAACUGAAUAAAAAUACAGAAAUAUAUCAUCUGGAUUUGUCAGGCAAAAAUUGUGAGACAUUCCAGGCAAGGCAAUAACAUGUCUAUAGAGACAAGCAGGUGGCAGACCUUUUUAAUGGAAUUUUGAAGUGUGAAAACUGUUAAUUAUACAGAUCAGACAAAAGAGACGAAGUUAAAGGUGCACUGUGUAACUUUUCUGUUGGAGGUACACUACUGCUUGUCUCCAUGGAGUUCUUAUUACUUUGCCUUUGUUUUUUAAAUGUUUUAUUGCAAUGGUUUGACUUCUUCACAUAUCAUCUCCAUGGAGGCAUGCAACCUCCACCAGUAAAGUUGUAGAGUGAACCUUUAAAACUAACCUUGUUCAGCAAGAUUGAAUCUUGUGAUAUUUGUAACUUCAGAAACUCACGAGAAUCCAUCUUUGAAUGAACCUGGCUGUUAGGUUAACCAGGUGUGUGCACCAAUCAAACAGUAGCAUUGAGAUUUGAGUGGAAGCCAAAAGCAAAACGCCCAAACUAAAACAAACAUGACGACACCGAUGGACGUCAAUACGGAUUAUUUUAUUUGUGAAAAAUGUGUAAGCCCUUGUGGACAGGGAAUAUGUCUGCUUUUCCCUCAACUGAAUUUAAUAAAAGUUUGAUUUUUCGUCUUGUUUCGCUCUGUGAUGCUUUGACCAAUCAGAUUCAAAUAAUCAUGAUGUUCUGCUUUUCCGAUCACAUUCAGUGAGAUUGAUAAUGUGUCGAACUCAAUUCAGAGUGACACACACAUCAGUCUGCCAUGAGUCAGGUUACUUUAAAACACACACACAAAAUGUCACUUUGUUGUUCCUAUGAGACAGUAUAUUGUAAAAAUCUGUAAUGUGCAUCAAGGAAUAUCCUAUGUGUUUUGGAAAUUUAAGUCUGCCCUGUGGAGUAUUAUAUUUUUAUCCAGUUAUUAAAGGCAACUUUUGUGGUCAGUCGGUUGCCACCUCAUCUUCUUGCAGAUGUUGUUGUGGAAUGUUCCACAGUAUGGCAUAAACAUAACCAUAUCACUUUUUUUUUUUUAUUGUGCUUGUUUAUUGCCGAAUAUAUAUCUUGAAAACAUUUAGUCUUAAUGUGAGUGUGGACUUGACCUGAUGGCAUCCCUUAUCACCAUGCAGACAGAUAAGUUUAAUGCUAUACUGUGAAACAUUCUAGGCCAAGCCAUCUCCAUGGGGACAACCAGGCAAUGGACCCUCCACCAGAAAAUUUACAUAUUUUCAACCUUUACAAAAUGCUGGAUGUCAUUUGAGACCUAGCAAUACAUAUUAAUACUUCUGAAACUUUAAACUCAGUUUUCUGAGGACUCGAGUGCCUUUGCUUUUCUAAGCCUGUAGCUCAUGUACAAAUCUGUAAUUUAAAGUAGUUUAUAUUUUUUCAUUUUGUUCAAUGUUCAGCAUGUUUUUGGGUUUAAUAUAAAUUAACAUUUAGAGUUUGUGUUCAUUAAAGUUGUAAUUCCCUUUUU